UAUUAUACUGUAUAAAUUGUGGGAAGAGGCAGAGCUAAAAAUUUAAAUCUAGUAACUUUUACGUUUGUGACUCACACAGGGAUGUAACAUCAUCAAAAAAUGACAAACCAACCCAACCUAAUAAUGGCGUCUGAUGGGGAAGAAAUAAUAACUGAUCAAGAAAAAGUAAGAAUAGUAUCAGAUUUUAUUCUUCAUUCACCGCCGGGAGAGUUUAAUGAGGUUUUUAACGAUGUCCGUAAAUUACUAAACAACGAUGACCUUCUUAAGGAGGGCGCAAGUGGGGCAUUCGCUCAAUAUAAUAAGGACCAAUUAACACCUGUAAAAAUAGAAAAUGCCGAUACUUUGGUGCUUAUUACCGAAUACAACGAUCUAGGAAGUAAUAGAUUUUAUGAUCCUAGAAGUAAGCAAUCCUUUAAGUACGACCACUUAAGAAAGGAUGCUUCGGAUUACCAAUCGUACACACCUGAUGCUUCGGCCGAACCCUGGAGAGCAGCAAUAGAUGCAGAAUUUAUGCAGUAUGCUAGAAACCAUUAUAAGGACGGCGUUAGCAGCGUGUACGGGCGCAGUCAACCAGGUGGAGUUAUUACCGUCACUGCAUGUAUAGAAGAUCAUCAGUUUCAACCAAAAAACUUUUGGAAUGGCCGAUGGCGCUCUCAAUGGUUCGUCACUUUAAAUGGCAGUUCAACAGCGGAAGUACGUGGAGUAUUAAAAGUCCAGGUGCACUAUUACGAAGAGGGCAACGUACAACUUGUCAGUUCGAAGGAAGUAAAAGAAUCCAUCCCAGUAACAAAUGAAGUUCAAACUGCCAGAGAAAUUGUGCAGUUAAUCGAAGAAUCCGAAAAUUUAUAUCAAACUGCAAUAUCGGAGAACUACCAAACAAUGUCGGACACGACUUUUAAAGCGUUACGUCGAUUGUUACCGGUUACGCGUACGAAAAUCGAUUGGAAUAAAAUUGUUUCAUAUAGUAUUGGAAAGGAGUUGAAAACUCAAUGAUAAGUGAAAUGUAUAAACUUACUGGCUGUCUAUCAAACACUGUGCGCCUUGUUAUCGCUUGAAAGGUUUUGUACAUAUGGCCCGGUUUUGUUGAGUUUUAGACAGUGCAGGGAUAGCCAUUUAGCAUAAUUAUUUCACGAAAGAACGUAGUUUCUCAAUUGUGCCGAUCAGUUACUUGGACUAUGACAUGUUAUUUCCUUUAGUUUUUCUACAAAAGCGCUUUUUGCCCAUGAUUUCACUGUGUUUAAGUCUAUUUCGAUGUUUGAACAGUCUAUCCCUGAGAACGGAGUGUGCAAUACAAAGGCACAAUUUCCCGUUGCUUUUCUAGUUAUUUGGCUUAUGUUAUAUACAGUAAGAAUUAUUCCUAAUUAUUUUGUAAUUUUUAUUUACCAUUAUCACUGCAUUUGUUAUUACUUAUGCUAAUAGUUUCGAUAUUUUUAAAUGGAUUAGAAAAUUAUAUGAAUUGCUGCCCAGAAAAUGAAAUAAUUUAUAUCUUGUUAAAUUGGACCGUUGUAUGGGUUAUUUUUUAAAUAAA